AUGAGCUCCAUAAACUUCUCCCCUCUUGUUAAAGAAGAGGAUAAGGUCUGCUGGACGGAGAAAGGAGCAGGAGAGAUACGGGACUAUCGUGGAUCCUCUGGGGAGCCUCAACAACCUUAUGAUGCUGACGAGGCAGAGAAGAGUCUCUCCAGAUCAGAACACCUCAAUAAACACCUGCAGAGAUCCACAGGGAAGAAACCUCGCUGCUGCUCUGACGGUGGGAAGAGAUUCACCUCCUCAUCAGACAUUAAAAUUCAUCAGAGAAUCCACACAGGAGAGAAACCUUAUAGCUGUGGUCAAUGUGGGAAGAGUUUUGGUGCAUCUAGAGAUCUGACAGUGCACCAGAGAAUACACACAGGAGAGAAACCUUAUAGCUGUGAUCAAUGUGGGAAGAGUUUUACUACAUCUGGCUCUCUGACUGCACACCAAAGAACACACACAGGAGAGAAACCUUAUAGCUGUGAUCAAUGUGGGAAGAGUUUUUGUCAAUCUAGUGAUCUGACAGUGCACCAGAGAACACACACAGGAGAGAAACCUUAUAGCUGUGAUCAAUGUGGUAAGAGUUUUUGUCAAUCUGGCCAGCUGACUGCACACCAGAGAACACACACAGGAGAGAAACCUUAUAGCUGUGGUCAAUGUGGGAAGAGUUUUACUGCAUCUGGCUCUCUGACUUUACACCAGAGAACACACACAGGAGAGAAAUCUUAUAGCUGUGAUCAAUGUGGGAAGAGUUUUUGUCAAUCUAGUGAUCUGACAGUGCACCAGAGAACACACACAGGAGAGAAACCUUUUAGCUGUGGUCAAUGUGGGAAGAGAUACUCUGGUAAAAGAUCUCUGAUCAAACAUCAGAAAAUACAUGAAGGAGUUUUUUCAUGAUAUCAAUUAAAUAAUGUCACAAUGAAGAUUAUUUUAACAUUGUAGUAGGAU